ACCGGAAACAGACGGGAGAAUCCGCGUGCGAAGAAAGCGUGUGGCAACGACAACCAUGAAGCGACCAAAGUUAAAAAAGGCGAGUAAGCGCAUGCCUUGCUCCAAACGUUAUAAAAUCCAGAAAAAGGUUCGAGAACAUAACAGGAAACUCAGGAAAGAGGCGAAGAAGAGCGGAAUCAGACGAAAGGUCAAGAAGGACAUCGGCGUCCCGAACAGCGCACCGUUUAAGGAGGAAGUCCUCAGAGAAGCAGAGCAGAGAAAGCAAGAGCUUGAAGCGCUGAAAGAGAAUAACAAAUUAGCGAAGCAGAAGGCGCGAGCUGAGAAGAGAAAGAAGAGCAAAGAAGAAAGCAGUGAGGAUGUGCAGGCGAAGAAAAAGAAAAAAAUGAAUAAGGAGGAGAAAGUAAAAGCACAGAGGGAAGCGAGGGCGGCUGUAGCAAAACAGAAAAGCUCAAAGAUGUUCAGAUGCACCGAAUUGAAUAAGGUUAUCGAAGCCUCUGAUGUAAUUUUGGAGGUCCUGGAUGCUAGGGACCCGAUGGGCUGCCGCUGUCCUCAGCUGGAGGAAGCAGUGUUAAAGCACGAAGGCAAGAAACGGCUGCUGUUUAUAUUAAACAAAAUCGAUCUUGUGCCCAAGGACAAUCUGGAGAAAUGGGUUCGAUAUCUUGAAGCACAGUGUCCUACAUUUGUCUUCAAAUCAUCUACACAGCUACAGGACAGGACUGUUCUUGAGAAGAAGCAAAGAGCGAACAGUGCUAACAGUACCAUUGACCGGAGCAGAGCAGCAGCAUCGUUCGGCUGUGAUUCUCUCAUGCAGAUACUCGACCUCUUGGCUGAUAAUCGAGGCAGUGAGACUAUGCUCAAAGUCGGUGUUGUCGGUUUCCCUAAUGUCGGAAAGAGCAGCAUCAUAAACACUUUAAAAGGUAUCAGAGUGUGUAAUGCUGGAGUACAGCGAGGACUGACCAAAUGUAUGCAGGAAGUACAUAUUUCUAAAAAGUUGAAGAUGAUCGACAGUCCAGCUAUAGUGGCAGCUCCGUGUAACUCUGGUGAGAAGCUGGCUCUGAGGAGUCUCCAGGUGGACGAGAAAGAAGAGAAUCCUCUCGAAGCUGUCAAGAGUGUGUUGAAACAGUGCAACCAGCAGCAUAUCAUGUUGCAGUACACUGUCCCCGACUACAGAAACUCACUGGAGUUUUUGACUUUCUUGGCCAGGAAACGUGGCUUGCUUCAGAAAGGUGCGCUGCCCAACACGGUGCAGGCUGCAACGGUGUUCCUCAAUGACUGGUCUGGAGCUAAACUGAGCUUCUGCAGCAAAGUGCCAGAGAGAGAAGGAAUCCCUCCACAUCUCACUGAAGCCAUGGUUACAGAAAUGCAGACGGGUGUGGGCUUAGACCAAAUAAAAGUGGCCAACAAGCAGGUUAUUAAACGUGUACGGAAUCCAAACCUGUCUAUGACUAUAGCAUUUAACUCGAAGGGCCUGACUGCUGGAAUUCUGAAUGUUGGUGAAAUCCCUGAAGAAAAAGAGACACUGGGGGAGAGAAAGGUAGAAGAAGGAGGAAGAGAGGAGGACGAAGACAUCUUUGAGGAAACGGCAGAAACGAAGGACACUGAGGAGAUCGAGACUACUGACUCAAAGAAGGCUCAAACUCCGAAAAGACGUAAACAGAAGAAAGGAAAUUCACAUCCUGUUUCUGUCAACAUUGAUCUGUUGGCUGUGCACAAGAAUGAUGAUGAUGAUGCCUAUGAUUUCAGCACUGACUUUGUGUGAGAUGUUGGAGCCCCAAAACAGAUUUCAUUUACAAGAGUCAGUCAGUGUGUCGAUUGUGAUUAUCUAUAGCAUGUAUAAUCCGUUUGACUGAAAUAUCUGGUUGAAAACAUGUUUUCUGUCGGUCUGACAGAACCGGUUGUAUAUAUGAUGGAUAAUUAAACUUUUAAUUUUCUGUA